AUGUUUGAAGUUCCAAUCGAUCAUUUGAUGCAACAGACGGGUACAAGCCAGCUACAAGAACCAAACAUAACUGUUCUGACUGCGUCAGAAGCUUUAGUGACACCAGAUGGGUGCUUGAACACAGAUUAUAUGGCCUCAAAAAGGCAUGCACAUGAUAGUAAAGUUCAUAAGCAUCACGGAAACGAGCGACCACGUAUUGCAUCAAAGGAUUUACCUGUACCUCAUUACGAUCCAGACACUGGCCAUGAGGUUCUGACGCCAAGUCAGUAUAGCAAAGCCGUCUCAUUCUAUUGGCGUUCACACGAGGAUCCGGAGCAUGGUGAAGCCCGUAAACAUCGCUGGAAAACCCUUGGAAAACGCAAAUUGUGUGAUACUACCAACGACCAACCCAACAUGAUUGUAACCGGGUCAGAUGAAUCAGGAACACAAGUCAAAUAUGUAGAAGCGGAUCAACAAGUUGGACCAGGUACAAUCACGACCAAAACUCCACUUGUUAAAGAUAAAUGGGUUGUAGUGAUAAAGCAAGAUCAGUACUUCUAUCUUGGCCGUGUCCUUGCUAUCUUUGAGCAUAACGCAGGAAAGCAUGCGUGGGUUUCAGAGGCUCAUUCACGUGCCAACAUCUCCUAUGUCUCACUGGAAAUCUAUGAAUACCAUCCUGGCCAGACGAAUAUUCAAGCAGCUCAUCAACAAGAGCGGCCAAAUGAAUGGACUUUCAGUCAUAUUCCUGCAAAGUUUAUUGCUUACCUCUUCACACCCCCCUGUGAAGACUCAGACUUCAUCUUUCUCGGACCCGGUCACUAUCAAGUACCUACUUGCCUUGUUGACUUGAUAGCCACUUCUCCUGUAUGGCAGAGGCUCUUUUUGCCCAAAAGUCACAAAAAAACACGCCAGAGACGUGUGACAAGCGCUGUGGAAAAGCAUUAA